AUGUUGCGACAAGAAGAACCAACACAAAGGAGCCAGGACACUCUCAAUAAUAUGACAGCCAUGAUGCAAUGGCAGGUCAAAAGGCAGUUCUGGAAGGACCGUGAGGCUGGCAUAGCUAGAAUUCCAAAUCCGGAUUCUGUUCUCCAACAGCUAGACCUUCCCUAUGGCCCUCCACCAGGAUUAGCAUGGUCAUACUAG